UUCCAUUGAAAAAUAAAAAUAAACUUCUUCAAUUUCAGUGAUGAGUUAUAAAUCUAUUUUUAUUUUGUAAAAAUAUAAUUAAAAAAAUUAAUACGCGAGUAGAUAUUUAGAUAAAUAAAAAACACAAAGUAAUUUGAUAACAAUGUUGUUGUUUUGAUGAUGAAGUGGCAGCACCAUCACAUUGCAAAAUAAAAGAGAUAAAAAAACACAGCAAAAUAAUCUUUGUCUGCUUUGUUUGUGUUGAUGUUUGUGUAUGAUAAAAUCAGUGUGUCGUAAAAAAUUGUCCUCAAAUUAUAUUAUUUUUAAAUUUAUCAAAACAAAUAUUUAAAAAAAAACCAAACAAACAAACAAUUACCAUCAAAUUACUCAUUAAUUUGAUAAGAUUUUUUUCUAAUUUUCAAGAUUAUUAAGUAAAAUUAUCUGGCAUGAAGAUGAAGAUACCAAAUUGUGGAUCUGGUAAUGGUUAUUAUGGACAUGAUAGUAGUGUAAUAUCAUAUUUAGAUAACGUUGAACAAGAAGCUGAUUUACCUGGUGGUGAAAAUGGUGAUUUUUCUGAAUACAUGUGGAUGGAAAAUGAAGAAGAGUUUGAUAAACAAGUAUUGGAACAAUUAGAAGAAGAAGAAUUAAUGGAAGAAUGUUUAGAAGCAAUGCUAGAAGAAGAAAGACAACAUCAUAGAAAUCAAACAUCAGCAGCAUGGUGUCAAGCAGUAGCUAGUGAAAAUACUGGUAAUGAAUUGUGUCAACAAUUAAAUGGUCUUCGGGUACAUGGUGAUGUUGAAAAAUCUAGUACAUUGAAUCCAGAUGCUGCUGAAUUUGUACCAUCAUUAACCUCAACGACGGAAACAAAUUCGUCGACAGAAAUAAAUGGUGAAUCGUCGUAGAAUGGUGAUGUUGUUUAUUAUUUUUUAAUUAUUUUUUUAUACGAUAAAUCAUACAACAUAUUUAAAACAAAUGGGCUAAUUUUCAAAUAAUCAUCAAGAGGUAAAUAUCCUCAUUUGAAUGCUUGUUUAUCAAUCGAGAUAACUGACUGAAAAAAAAUAUAAAAAAAUAUAAAAAAAAAAAAACUAUUAAAACGAAAAAAAAAUAUAUAUAUUAUUCAGUAAAUUGUAAAACCAUUUUUAACAAUUUAAUUUGGUUUAUUAUUUUUUUUUUUUUUAUAGACAAUCGCAUAAUAAAUAAUCAUUGUAGGAUAGGUCAAAAAUAAAUGAAAAAUUAAAAAAAAAAAAGUAUUAAAAUAUAAGAAAUUAAAAAAAAAAAGAUAAUAAAAUAUAGUAAAAUUGAAAAAAAAAAAAUAUAUAUAUAUAUUAAUUAUAAAUUAAUAAAUAGUCUUAUAAAUACGUACUUAUAAAAAUAAUAAAAAAAAAAAAAAGCAUAUAUAAUUGUGAAAAUUAAAAAAAAAAAAAAAAGCUAGUUACUCGGUAAAAGUGUGCAUUCGAAACAAGCUCAUUUGAAUUCACGUCAAGUUUUAACCUUCGAUAUAAUAAUAUGUAUUUCGAUAUUUUAUUUGAACACGCACAUUACCGGAAAAGAAUAUUUCUCAAUGUUUUACAAAGUCUUGAGCAUUGC